AGCACACCAAAACCCCAACCCCUCCUCACCAAGACGCAACCAACCAAAACCACUCUACCUCAGCUCCACGCAUCCCACGCCCGGUCCAUGGCUCUGACCAGCGGCGACGGGGUCGGUUGACUUUCCUUCCUAUAGACUUCCGCCAUUGCCAGCUCCAUCGAGCUCGUGAACGCGCCCCCUCCCUCCACUGAGAGUAAUGGAUUCCCUCGCGACGUCCACGGCCCGGAGAUGGGCGCUCUGCUCCCUCCUCUGCCUCUGCCUCUUCUCCGCCGGCCUCCUCCUCGGCUCCCGCCCCUUCUUCUUCCCCGCGCUGCUGCCGCCGCCGUGGGAGCACUUCUCCAGGCUGCAGCAGCAGCCCGCUCCACGUCCUCAUCUUCCUCCUCCUCAUCAUCAUCAUGCUGCUGCCUACCAUGACCACGACGACUCCACGGCACCAGCGCCGGACGCCGGCCCCGGAGAUCUUGGCAGCGAGGAGGAGAAGCGAGACGAGGAGCCGGCAGCGUCAGCGCCCUCUCCCCUUCGUGCUGCUGCUGCUUACCAUGACCCCGACGACUCAACGGCGCCAGCGCCGGACGCCGGCUCGGGAGAUGUGGGCAGCGAGGAGGAGGAGCAAGACGAGGAGCUGGCAGCGUCGGCGCCGGCGCCCGCUCCGGCAUCGGACGGCGACGGAGAGGGAAGGGAGUGCGACCUGUUCGACGGGAGCUGGGUGCGCGACCCGGCGAGGUACCCGCUGUACGAGGCGGCGGAGUGCCCGUUCCUCAGCGACCAGGUCACCUGCCGGAGGAACGGCCGCCCGGACUCCGGCUACGAGCAGUGGCGGUGGCAGCCGAGGGGGUGCGGCGGCGCCGUCGGGAGGCUCGACGGCCACGGGGCGCUGGAGCAGUGCCGGAACAGGCGGCUCGUGUUCGUGGGCGACUCGCUCAACAGGAACAUGUGGGAGUCGCUGGCCUGCAUCCUCUACACGGCGCUGCCCGACCGCUCGCGGGCGCGCGUCCACCACGCCAGCUCCGAGCACAAGAUCUUCCGCGCCAUGGAUUACAAUUGCUCGGUGGAGUUCUUCUGGAGCCCGUUCCUGGUGCAGCUUGAGACCAAGCCGGACCGGACCAAGGUGCUCAAGCUAGACCAGCUCCCAGCCAUGCUUCAGCAGGUGAUCGGGGCAGACGUCCUCGUCUUCAACACCGGCCACUGGUGGACACACACCGGCAAGCUCAGGGCCUGGGAUCACCUGGAGAGAAACGGGAUGCUGGUCAAGAUGGAAGGAGAGGAGGCAUUCAGCAGAGCGCUGAGGACAUGGGCGAGAUGGGUGGAUCACAACGUGGAGCAGACCAGAACCAGAGUCUUCUUCCGAAGCGUCUCGCCUGAACACAAGGGCGCGAACUGGUGCUACAAUCAGACGUCUCCCAUCGCCGCGGACGAAGCAAUCGUUCCAUGGUUCCCCAAGAGCAUGGUGUCCAUCGUCGAGGGGAGCAUACGGAGCAUGAGGACGCCCGCCGCAUAUCUCAACAUCACGCGCCUUUCCGAGCUCAGGAUCGACGCCCAUCCUUCGGUGUACUCGAUCAACCGGGAUGGGAAGCCUCUGACGUUGGAGCAACGAAAGCAGCCGGUCGCGUAUGCUGACUGCAGCCACUGGUGCCUGCCGGGGUUGCCUGACACAUGGAAUGUGCUUUUGCUUGCUUCCUUGACGAGAUAUCCCUCAUCUAAUGUACAGUUGUAGGUAGCCUUGUAGGAAUACUGUACUUCUAAGACACAAUCUAGCUAGGCUGAUAUAGUCUGUCUGGUUCCGGUUGACUAACGCAUGGUGGGCAAAUGUGGUUGAAAUCA